AGUGUUGCCGUGACGCUCAGGCGAGCCAGGUGGGCCGGCCGUGCUGCUCAGAGACCGCACAGAGGUGACUGUGGUGGAGUCCCGGGAGGUCAUCGCUGAGGAAUACGGAAUAAGGAGCAGAGGAGCGGCAGAAACGCGGCGACUGUCAUAUGAGAGGCGAAGUGACAGCCUAGCAGCAGCCUGGUGUCAACCCUACUCUACCCGUCACCGAUACCUGGAAUAGUAAGACGUGGAACGACUGCCCUGUUUGUGGAGGCAGCCACCGCUGCCGUCCCCUGCUGACGUCACUGAGGAGCUGCGUGAUGACGUCACUAGGGGUAUCCGGUUUCGUCCUGCUAUUGACGCUCGCCAUAUCGCUCGCAGGUGCCUCAAUAUCGCCAUCAGCCCUGGCAGCGCCCGAGUUUAUCAAAGAGCACUCUGGCAACGUCACUGCCCGAGUGAACGGCUCUGCCAUCCUCAACUGCCGCGUCCGACGACUGACUGCGCGCCAGGUAGUAUCGUGGGGCCGAGGGUUCGAGGUGCUGGCCGUCGGUCUGAUACUGUUUGCGAGUGACCGCCGGUUCCAGCCGCUGCACCAGGAGUACAGCCAGGACUGGGGCCUGCGCAUACUGUCCGUGCGGGCCUCGGACGCCGGCUGGUACUUCUGCCAGAUCAGCACGUCGCCGCCCGUCUCACACAACCUUUAUCUCCAUGUUGUCGACCCUCAGGUGGAAAUUAUCGGUGGUCCGGAGCUGUUCAUACACCAGGGGAGCUCAGUCAACCUGACCUGUGUUAUUCGUCGGGCGCACAAAAUGCCGGAAAACGUGCGAUGGACGCACGAAAACAAGCUGGUGGAGUUUGACCGGUCACGGUCGGGAGUUCGAGUACGCACCUUCUAUGAACUCCGCCGCACAGUGAGCUCUGUGCUCAUCAGUCACGUCCAACCGGCCGACUCGGGCACCUACUACUGCGAUCCGGAUGGGCUCGAGCACGCCAAAAUCACCGUACACGUACUGGCCGACAAUAAUCCGGCUGCGCGCACCACCAGCUCAGCCUCGAUCACGGUGGGAGGGAGCGCUGUUCUCAGCGCAGCACUUAUCAUCUUCGCUACAAGAUGGCUGGCAGAGCAGAAACAUCCGUUGGAGACUCUAUAAACUUGUGUUGCCUGACAUUGCCGUAGGCUACAGCGUCUCAGUGAAGUGCCCGCGCAGAUAAAACUGAUGCUUUUGACGCAACGAGAGGAGAAACAUGAUAACCAGUGUCCAGUGAUGCGUGUGUGACGUUGCCUUGCGUGAAUGACGUCACAAUAUGCGUCACAACUUGACGUUCAUGACGUCAGCAAACCAAAGAGCUGCCUGCAUUCCCCGCUAGUCGACUGAUCUCAGUGCUUGCCCGCCGGCUAGUGAGUGUGACCUCCCGGCGGGAUCGUGUGUCGGAUAUAGUGAUGUCAAUUACGGAAAAUCGGAAUACCGAUACCAAACCAAAUACCAACCAAAACCAUGGAGAAAUACCGAAACCAAACCAACUUGGGAACAUGAGGAAAAUACCAACUUUUUACCGAUUUCUAGCCUCUUAAACAUUAGCAAGGGUUCAUGAUACCAACAAAAUACCAAACACAUUAGGAUUGAAAUACCAAAUACCGAGUUGGUAUCGGUUUGGUAUCGGUAUACCAAAAAGUUGGUAUCCGAUUGACAUCUCUAGUCGGAUAUCAUAGCGGCGUUAUCGAUGACGCAGCGGGAUGCGGCGGCCGCUAAGCGGCCUGCAAUUUGCAAUCAAAAGCACAUUCCGUUGCAAACGUAUUGAUGUAGCGUAUUGAGGUAGCGGUAUCAGAUGUGGACUGUGAAUAUGUCUGUGUGCCAGAGACUGAUGCAUAUGUUUCAUAGGCUGACAUGAUAUGUGUAAUGCUUCAGCAAAUGACUUAAGGGGAUGUAUCAUAGCUUAUCACGCCGUUUGUGUGAAAGACAUCGCGUGAUGCUUGAUAAUGCAAUGCAUCAAUCUAUCAGACACUUGCUAGUUUGAUGUCGAGAUGCGUGCGAGACAGGUAUGCCAUGAUGCAACAGAGGCUAGCCAGGCAGUUGCAAAUUGCAAUGCACACGAGACUGGUAUGCCUUGACCGAUAGACUGGUAUGAUAUGAUGCAUUCGACUGAUAUUACAUAUACGAAUGUGAAAUUAAAUGGCAUGAUGUUUUGUAAACAUGGCAGGGUGUUAUUUUCUCGGGUAAUGUAGGUAUGUGAUGUGAAAUACGUGGUCAUUGUUUGCGCCCAUUAACAAAAAAUGUCAGGGGUUUGUUUGGAAAUGAAAUAUUCAAUACCUAAUGAUCAAGGAUGCGACACUAUCCGCGAGGGUAAAUACCGUUUAAUUUUUGUAACACAUCGUGCCUCGUAAAUAUAAAUAAAUAACAGAAGA